GUAAUUUAAUAUAUAAAUGAGGAGUCUCUUGAAAUAUGAAUGAGUGCGACAUCUUUACGAAGAAUUUGAUAGAGUAAACAGUACUGUUUAUGCCAGUGCCAAACUUGACCAUAAAUAACAGUAAGAAGACCAAUAGGAUAUAUAUGAAUAAGAUGAUACAGAAGGAAGAUUUAAAAUAAGAAGAUUAAACAGAGGAGUUCAAAUAGGCUUUCCAUGAGAAGAGAUACUUCCAUUUCUAUUAAGAAAAGUGCUAAAAGAGUAGGGAAGAGGAGAAGCCGGUAUAAAACUAUUACUGUCUCUCCUGUUAACCAGUCGCAAAAUGACUCGACUAGAGGAAAGGGAUUUUAAUGAUAGCACAAUUUGAGGAACUUCAGGACGGAAUAAUUUAUGGCAAAGACAGAGGAUAAAUUCCUACUGUAUUUCGCCAACAACGACGCUGUCAAUAGAUCACGAUGCAUCCCAUAUAAUCCAUAGGCCAACAAUUAGAUAUUCGAAUGCUGUGUCUAUUGAACCUCCUCUGCAUGAGACUCUUGAAAAUUUAAAAUCAAAAAUAAGAAAUAAGCAUAGUUAUACAGGAUCGACCAGGCACAGAUCAAACAAGAGGUCAACUUAUGGAGUAAGCACUGUUGAUAGUAAGCCUACCAACUUUACUUCCUCUGAGCACCCACUAGCUACUAAAGAUUAUACCAACUUCAAGAUAGGCUUUAGCCGAAGAAAGGCUCAGAAAUAUUUAAAACCUAGUAUUAAUCAUAGGUUUUCAGUUCAGCCUCCUCAGCCUGUCAAGGCUAUUAGGCUGAGCUAUUUAAGCUAA